AUGAUCAGAUCCGUGUUCAAUUCCAGUGGUAAAGCCAGCGUGAAAGUUGCACUGCUGCGUAACAAUCUCAGAAGAAAUAUGUCUGCGUCUGCUAUUACGAACCAGGAGUUCAGAGUCGAAACGGACUCGUUCGGAGAGAUUAAUGUCCCUGCUGAUAGAUACUGGGGUGCUCAAACACAGCGGUCGUUCCAGAACUUCAAAAUUGGUGGUGACAGAGAGAAGAUCCCGGAACCCGUAGUGAGGGCAUUUGGGAUCCUAAAGAAAUCUGCUGCCACGGUGAACGAAAACUUGGGGACUCUAGAUAAGAGUAUCGCCGCUAAGAUCAAGCUCGCAGCCGAUGAGGUCGCCGAGGGGAAACUGUCCGACCAUUUCCCAUUGGUUGUGUUCCAGACCGGGUCCGGGACACAGUCCAACAUGAACGCUAACGAAGUUAUCUCGAAUAGGGCAAUUGAGUUGCUUGGCGGUGAGCUUGGCUCAAAGCAGGUCCACCCAAAUAACCACGUCAACCAAUCGCAAUCUUCUAACGACACUUUCCCCACGGUGAUGCACAUUGCUGCCACUACAGAGAUCGCAAACAAGUUGAUCCCAGAGUUACAGAAUUUGAAGGAUGCACUGCAACAUAAAGUGGAGGAAUUCUCAUCCAUUGUCAAGAUUGGGAGAACCCAUUUGCAAGACGCUACACCAUUGACCCUGGGACAAGAGUUUAGUGGGUACGUUCAACAAGUUGAAAACGGUAUCCAGAGAGUCCAAUCCUCAUUGUAUCAUUUACAUUUCCUAGCUCAGGGUGGGACAGCAGUAGGCACUGGUUUGAACACAAAGGUCGGGUUUGACAAACUUGUCGCAGAGGAAGUAUCCAAGGAGACUGGCUUGCAUUUUGAGACUGCACCAAAUAAAUUCGAGGCAUUAGCUGCACAUGACGCCAUCGUCGAGGCAAGCGGUGCAUUGAACACUUUGGCGUGUUCUCUGUUCAAGAUUGCUCAAGAUAUCAGAUACCUAGGAUCGGGGCCUCGCUGUGGGUACGGUGAACUGAUCUUACCUGCCAAUGAACCAGGCUCCUCAAUCAUGCCAGGGAAAGUCAACCCAACUCAAAACGAGGCAAUGACUCAAGUCUGCGUCCAAGUGAUGGGGAACAACUCAACUAUCACAUUCGCUGGGUCUCAAGGUCAAUUCGAAUUGAACGUGUACAAACCACUCAUGAUUUCUAACCUGUUGAGUUCAAUCAGAUUGCUGACAGAUGCUAGUAAAUCUUUCAGAAUCCACUGUCUAAACGACUUGAAGGCCAACAAGGACAAAAUCGACGAAAACUUGAACAAAUCUUUGAUGCUUGUAACAGCGCUAAAUCCAAAGAUUGGGUACGACGCAGCCGCUAAAGUGGCUAAAAAUGCACACCACAAGAACAUCACUCUUAAGGAAUCUGCCUUGGAAUUGGGGGUUUUAACUGAGAAAGAAUUUGAUGAAUGGGUCAUUCCAGAAAAUAUGAUUAGUCCAAAACCUUAA